UGAUAAAUUUCUGCAAUAAGAAAAAUACAAACUCUUGAGCUGUAAUUCUAUGAUGUGAAAAUACCAAGAUUCACUUUUAAGUUUAUAAUUUACAUUUUUUUUAAGAGGUUUUUAAUUUUUCUUGGGCAGUUUUACUUAAAAAUGGAAAGAAGCUAGAUUCUUGCUGUAUGCAGAGUUUUGGACAAAGAAUCUUGAACUGUGUAAGCCCUAAGUCUAAAAGCCUGCCUAAAGUUUUUCUAGAAAUACCCUCUUGCCACCCUAUUCUUUUUCAUUUGUGAAAAGUCAAGUGAAAAUGGGAAGGAAAACAAGGUGGCUGAAGGGUCUUUUUGGGUUUGGAACAACAAAGAAAGAGGACAAAAAUGAAAAUUCAAGUUCCGGUGGCCGGGAGGUCAAGAACCUGCAGUGGAUUCCCGGGAGGGACACCAUCGGAUUGUGUCACAAUCCGACAACCAUACCGCCAAAUAUUACUCCUGCCGAGGCUGCAUGGUUGAGAUCUUUCUACAGUGAGCCGGAGAAUGAGCAGAGUAAGCAUGCAAUAGCGGUUGCUGCCGCUACUGCCGCCGCAGCUGAUGCAGCCGUUGCGGCCGCACAGGCGGCUGUUGCAGUGGUUAGGCUCACCAGUCACGGUAGAGGUACAAUGUUUGGAGAUUGCCGGGAAAAGUGGGCUGCAGUCAAGAUACAGACAGUCUUCCGUGGAUUUUUGGCAAGAAAAGCUUUGAGGGCAUUGAAGGGAUUAGUGAAGCUUCAAGCAGUGGUGAGAGGGUAUUUUGUGCGUAAACAAGCUGCUGCUACGCUUCAUAGCAUGCAAGCUCUUAUUCGAGUACAAGCCAUUGUUCGUGCACGAAAAACUCGAGGUUUCACCGACAAUAAUGGAAGUUUUCAGGCUCAGUUCCAUGCCUGCAAAGCUGAGGAAGAUGGGAAUGAGCAAGUAAUGUCAAUCCAUAGCAGAAAGCUUUCUGCAUCAUUCGAGAGUGCCAUAAAUGCAUUUGAUGAAAGCCCCAAAAUUGUGGAGGUUGACACAGGCGGGCCCAAAUCAAGAUCCCGGAGAACAAACUCAUGGAUUUCAGAUGCCGGAAAUGACUCAUUUGGCCAAGCAAAUGCCUCCCCACUUCCAACUGCGAUUCAGGCACAUUUAUUGAUACCCGAUACCCGGAAUUUUCAGGACCAGUACGAGUGGGACCUAACAGGCGACGAAUGCCGUUUCUCCACAGCCCAAAGCACUCCAAGAUUUUCAAAUUCCUGUGGAUGCAAUGUCGCUGUCACGCCAGCGAAGAGUGCCUGUUUGGAAGGCUACUUCAAUAAUGCAAAUAAUCCAAAUUAUAUGGUGAACACACAGUCAUUCAAAGCAAAACUGAGGUCCAAUAGUGCUCCAAAACAAAGGCCUGAACCAGGAGCUAACAAAAGGUUGCCCCUCUACCAAAUGAUGGAAUCAAGAAAUAGUCAUAGUGGGAUUAGAAUGCAAAGUUCCUGCUCACAAGCUCAAAGAGCCAUAUAUUUCAGGAAUAUUGCUAUGAGAAAGUUGGGAAUGUCUAGAGAGAAUGAUAGGAAUCAUUCCAUGAACGACGACUAAUAUCCUUGACGACAAUUUGAAGACACUUUAGACCUUAUAAAUGCCGUUCUGCACUUUAAUUCUGCAAUUCGAUCGAUGUAGCCUGAGCAUGGAAAUGUGAAUUCUUUUAGCAGUUUUUAAGAUUUUAGUAUUUUAUGGUAAUUUUAAAAAUAAAAAACCUCUUCUAUUAAGGUUUUGCUUA